UUUUUAAUUAAUUUUUAAUUUCCGUGGGUACAUAGUAGAUGUAUAUGUUUAUGGGUUACAUGAGAUAUUUUAAGACAGGCAUGUAAUGUUUAAUAAUCACAUCAGGGUAAAUGGGGGUAUCCAUCAUCUCAAGCAUUUAUCCUUUGUGUUACCAACAAUCCAAUUAUGCUCUUUAGUUUUUUAUCUUAUUUUAUUUUAUUUUUGUAGGUACAUAGUGGCUGUAUAUAUUUAUGGGGUACAUGAGAUGUUUUGAUACAGACAUGCAAUGUGAAAUAAGCACACCAUGGAGAAUGGGGUAUCCAUCCCCUCAAGCAUUUAUCCUUUGAGUUGCAAACAAUGCAGUUACACUCUUUAAGUUAUUUUAAAACGUACAAUUAAGUUAUCAUUGACUGUAAUAACUGUUGUGCUAUCAAAUAGUAGGUCUUAUUCAUUCUUUCUAAUUUUGUUGUACCCAUUAACGCUCCCCACCUCACCCCUUCCCUUCUACCACCCUUCCUCAGGUAGUCAUCCUUCUGCUCUUGAAUGCAAUUGUUUUGAUUUUUAGAUGCCACAAAUAAGUGAGAAUAUGUGAUGUUUGUCUUUCUGUGCCUGGCUUAUUUCACUUAACAUAAUGAUUUCAAGUUCCAUUCGUGUUGUUGCAAGUGAUUGGAUCUCAUUCUUUUCUAUGGCUGAAUAGUACUCCACUGUGUAUAUGCACAUCGUUUUCUUUAUCCAUUCAUCUGUUGAUGGACGCUUAGGGUGCUUCCAAAUCUUAGCUAUUGUAAACAGUGCUGCAAGAAACAUAGGAGUGCAGAUGUCUCUUGGAUAUACUGAUUUCCUUUCUUUUGGGUCAAUACUUAGGAGUAGAAUUGCUGAAUUGUGUGGUAGCUUUAUUUUUAGUUCUCUGAGGAACUUCCAAACUGUUCUCCAUGAUAGUUGUACUAAUUUACAUUCCCAUCAACACUGUUUGAGGGUUCCCUUUUCUUCACAUCCUUGCCAGCAUUUGUUAUUGCCUGUCUUUUGGAUAAAAGCCAUUUUAACUUGGAUGAGAUGGUAUCUCAUUGUAGUUUGGAUUUGCAUUUUUCUGAUGAUCAGUGAUGUUGAGCACCUUUUCACAUGCCUGUUUGCCAUUUGUCUUCUUUUGAGAAAUAUCUAUUCAAAUCUUUUGCCCAUUUUUCAAUAGAAUUAUUAGAUUUUUUUUCCUAUAGAGUUGCUGGAGUUCCUGAUAUGUUCUGGUUAUUACUCCCUUGUUGGAUGGGUAGUUUGCAAAUAUUUCCUCCCAUUUUGUGGGUUGUCUUUUCACUUUGUUGAUUGCGUUCUUUGCUGUGCAGAAGCUUUUUAACUUAAUGUGAUCCCAUUUGUCCAUUUUUGCUUUGGUUGCCUGUGCUUGUGGGGUAUUGCUCAAUGAAUUUUUGCCCAGAUCAAUGUCCUGGAGAUCUUCCCCAAUGUUUACUUGUAGUAGUUUCACAGUGUGAGGUCUUAGAUUUAAGUCUUUAACCCAUUUUGAUUUGAUUUUUGUAUGUGACAAGAGUUAGGAGUCUAGUUUCAUUGUUCUGCAGAUAGCUAUCCAGUUUUCCCAGUGCCAUUUAUUGAAGAGAAUGUCUUUUCCCUAGUGUAUGUUCUUGGCAUCUUUGUGAAAAAUGAGUUCACUCUAGGUGUGUGUAUUUAUGUCUGGGUUCUCUAUUCUGUUCCAUUGGUCUAUGUGUCUGUUUUUAUGUCAGUAUCAUGCUAUUUUGGUUCCUACAGCUCUGUAGUAUAAUUUGAGGUCAGGUAAUGUGAUUCCUCCAGUUUUGUUCUUUUUGCUUAGGAUAACUUUGGCUAUUAUAGGUGUUUUGUGGUUCUAUAUAAAUUUUAGGAUUUUUUUUCCAUUUCUGUGAAGAAUGUCAUUGAUAUUUUAAUAGAGAUUGCAGUGAAUCUGUAGAUUGCUUUGGGAAGUAUGGAUAUUUUAACAAUAUUGAUUCUUCCAAUCCAUGAACUUGGGCUACCUUUCCGUAUUUUGGCCUUCAAUUUCUUUCAUCAUGAUUUUAUAGUUUUUAUUGUAGAGAUCUUUCAUUUAUUUGGUUAUUUCCUAGGUAUUUAAUUUUAUUUGUGGCUAUCGUAAGUGGGAUUACUUUAUAUCUUUUUCAGAUUGUUCACUAUUGGUAUAUAGAGAUGCUAUUGAUUUUUGUAUGUUGAUUUGUAUCCUGCAACUUUACUGAAUUUAUCAGUUCUAAUAGUUAUCUGGUGUAGUCUUUAGGUUUUUUCCAAAUAUAAGAUUAUAUCAUCUGCAAACAAAGAUAAUUUGACUUCUUCCUUUCCGAUUUAGAUGCCCUUUAUUUCUUUCUCUUGUCUAAUUGCUCUAGCUAGGAUUUCUAUGUUGAAUAACAAUGGUGAAAGUGAGAAUCCUUAUAGUGUUCCAGAUCUUACAGGAAAGGCUUUCAGUGUUUCCCCACUCAGUAUGCUACUAGCUGUAGGUCUGUCAUACGUGGAUUUUAUUAUGUUGUGGUAUGUUCCUUCUAUACUCAGUUUUUUGAGGAGUUUUCCAUGAAGGGAUAAUGAGUUUUAUUAAGUGCUUUCUCAGCAUCAGUUGAAAUGAUCAUAUGGCAUUUAUCCUUCAUUCUGUUGAUAUGAUGUAUCACACUGACUGAUUUGCAUAUGUUGAACCAUCCUUGCAUCCCUGAAAUAAAUAGCACUUAGUCAUGUUAAAUGAUCUUUUUAAUGUAUUGUUGAAUUAAGUUUGCUAGUAUUUUGCUGAGAUACUGGUCCAUAGUUUUUUUCUUUGAUGUGUCUUUGGUUUUAGUAUCAGUAAUACUGGCCUCACAGAAUGAGUUUGGAAGUAUUCCCUCCUUCUCUAUUUUUUGAAUAGUUUGAGUAAGAUUGGUAUUAGUUCUUCUUUAACUGUUUGGUAGAAUUCAGUGGUGAAGCCAUCGGGUCCCAGGCUUUUCUUUGCUGGAGACUUUUUAUUAUGGCUUUGUUCUCAUUACUUCUUAUUGGUUUGUUCAGGUUUUGGAUUUCUUCACGGUUCAAUCUUGGUAGGUUGUAUGUGUCUAAGAAUUUAUUUCCUCUAGAUUUUCCAAUUUAUUGGCAUACAGUUGCUCAUAGUAGCCACUAAUGAUCCUUUGAAUUUCUGCAGUAUCAGUUGUAUUGUCUCCUUUUUCAUCUCUGAUUUCGUUUAUUUGGGUAUUCUCCUUUUUUUCUCAGGUAGCCUGGUAAAGGUUUGUCAAUUUUGUUUAUCUUUUCAAACAAUCAACAGGUGGUGAAGCCAGCCAAGCUGUGUUCUUUUCUUCAGAGUGGCAAGUUCCCCCAGGCCCUAGGUGAGUGCACAGAUGCUAUCCAGAAGCCAGGGACUGGAGUAAGAAAACCUUAGAAGUCUACCUGGUGUUCCACUCUACUGGGGCUGAGCUGGCCCUCAAAUCAUGAGACACAGUCCUUCCCACUCUUCCCUCCUUUUUCCACAGGCAGAGGAGAUCACCCUGUGACCAUCAUGACCACGGGUUCACAGGGAGUACUGUUAGCUAUUGCUGAUAUUUACUUAAAGCCCAAGGGCUCUUUAGUCAACUUGUGGUGAAUGCUACCAGGUCUGGAACUCACUCUUCAGGACAGUGGACUCCCCUCUGGCCCAGGGCGGGUCCAGAAAUGCUGUCCAAGGGCCUACUUGGUGCUCUACCCCUGUGGCUAAGCUGGUACCUACGGUGCAAGACAAAGUCCCCUUUACUUUUCCGUCUGCUUUUCUCAAGCAGAAAAAGUCUCUGCCUGUACGCACCACAGCUGGGGUUGUGCUGAGUCUCACCUGAAGCCAGCAGAGUCUCACCCAAGACCCACGGCAUAUUACCUGGGUAUCGUUGCUGAUUAUUCAGGGACCAAGGGCUCUUUAGUCAGCAGGUGAUAGAUCCUGCCAGGACUGGGUCCUUCCCUUUAAGGCAGCAGUUUCUCUUCUGGCCCAGAGUGUGUCUAGAAAUGUUGUCCAGGAGAUAGGGUCUGGAAUGGGUGUCUCAUGACCCUGACCAGUGUGCUAUCCUACUGUGUCUGAGCUGACAUCCAAGAUGCAAGACAGAAGUCCUCUUUAGUCUUCUCUCUUCUCUCCUCAAGUGGAAGGAAGGGAUCUUUUUGGAGCUGAGAGUCACACUGUCUGGGGUUGGGGGAGGGGUGGUACAAGCACUCUCUUAGUCGCCCCAGCUGGUAUCUCAGUAGGUUGUGUGCCCUCCAAGCCUACUGGCUCUGAUCUCAGCUCAGCACUAUGACUUGCCUAGGAGUUUCAGUCCUUGUGGCCUAGAAUGCCUUUCAAGUUUAUUUAGAGCCCCAUAGCACUUCAGCUACAGUGGCGAGGCUUGCUGGAACUCAGGUUUCACCUGCCGGGAUGGACAAUUUCUGUCUCACUAGGGCUGGUCUAAAUUCUGCCUCCAUCAGCAGGUAUAAGCUGGAUUGAGCGUGGUUUUGCUUUCCACUGUAACGGGGCAGUACUGAGUUCAAUGCAAAGUCUCACAAUUGCUGUGCCCUCCCUUCCCCAAGCACACAGAUUUCUCUGCACCACGUGGUCACUGCUGGAGAAGGAGGAUGGUUUCCGUAUACAUAGCCUUCAGGACUGCUUUUGGUGGAAAGAGAUAGCAGGUGGUACUAAUUCACUGUGUUGGUGGGAACUCUGGUUACACUGAAAGAUUUGGAAAAGUUAUCCUGUAAACCGACUAGAAUCAGGUGCUUUUGUUUCUGAAGUGCUUUUCUGUGAGUUCAACAUGGAGGCAAAUCAGUGCCCCCUGGUGGUGGAACCAUCUUACCCAGACCUGGUCAUCAAUGUAGGAGAAGUGACUCUUGGAGAAGAAAACAGAAAAAAGCUGCAGAAAAUUCAGAGAGACCACGAGAAGGAGAGAGUUAUGCAGGCUGCAUGUGCUUUAUUAAACUCAGGAGGAGGAGUGAUUCAGAUGGCCAAGAAGGUUGAGCAUCCCGUGGAGAUGGGACUGGAUUUAGAACAAUCUUUGAGAGAGCUUAUUCAGUCUUCAGAUCUGCAGGCUUUCUUUGAGACCAAGCAACAAGGAAGGCGUUUUUACAUUUUUGUUAAAUCUUGGAGCAGUGGCCCUUUCCCUGAAGAUGGCUCUGUCAAGCCCCGCCUUUGCAGCCUCAGUUCUUCAUUAUACCGUAGAUCUGAGACCUCUGUGCGUUCCAUGGACUCAAGAGAGGCAUUCUGUUUCCUGAAGGCCAAGAAAAGGAAGGCAAAAAUCUUGGAAGAAGGACCUUUUCACAAAAUUCACAAGGGCAUACACCAAGAGCUCCCUAACUCGGAUCCUGCUGACCCAAACUCGGAUCCUGCUGACCCAAACUCGGAUCCUGCUGACCCAAUUUUCCAAAAAGACUAUCUUGAAUAUGGUGAAAUCCUGCCUUUUCCUGAGUCUCAAUUAGUAGAGUUUAAACAGUUCUCUACAAAACACAUCCAAGAAUAUGUAAAAAAGAUAAUUCCAGAAUACGUCCCUGCAUUUGCAAACACUGGAGGAGGCUAUCUUUUUAUUGGAGUGGAUGAUAAGAGUAGGAAAGUCCUGGGAUGUGCAAAAGAAAAUGUUGACCCUGACUCUUUGAGAAGGAAAAUAGAAAAAGCAAUAUACAAACUACCUUGUGUUCAUUUUUGCCAACCCCAACGCCCGAUAACCUUCACACUCAAAAUCGUGGAUGUGUUAAAAAGGGGAGAGCUCUAUGGCUAUGCUUGCAUGAUCAGAGUAAAGCCAUUCUGCUGCGCAGUGUUCUCAGAAGCUCCCAAUUCAUGGAUAGUGGAGGACAAGUACGUCUGCAGCCUGACAACCGAGAAAUGGGUAGGCAUGAUGACAGACACAGAUCCAGAUCUUCUACAGUUGUCUAAAGAUUUUGAAUGUCAGCUGAGUCUAUCUAGUGGGCCUCCCCUUAGCAGACCAGUGUACUCCAAGAAAGGCCUGGAACAUAAAAAGGAACUCCAGCAACUUUUAUUUUCAGUCCCACCAGGAUAUUUGCGAUAUACUCCAGAGUCACUCUGGAGGGACCUGACCUCAGAGCACGAAGGACUAGGGGAGUUAAUAAAUAAGCAAAUGCGACCUUUCUUUCGGGGAAUUUUGAUCUUCUCUAGAAGCUGGGCUGUGGACCUGAACUUGCAGGAGAAGCCAGGAGUCAUCUGUGAUGCUCUGCUGAUAGCACAGAACAGCACCCCCAUUCUCUACACCAUUCUCAGGGAGCAGGAUGCAGAGGGCCAAGACUACUGCACUCGCACCGCCUUUACUUUGAAGCAGAAGCUAGUGAACAUGGGGGGCUACACCGGGAAGGUGUGUGUGAAGGCCAAGGUCCUCUGCCUGAGACCUGAGAGCAGCGCAGAGGCCUUGGAGGCUUCAGUGUCUCCGAUGGAUUACCCGGCGUCCUAUAGCCUUGCAGGCACCGAGCACAUGGAAGCCCUGCUGCAGUCCCUUGUGAUUGUCUUGCUCGGCUUCAGGUCUCUCUUGAGUGACCAGCUCGGCUGUGAGGUUUUAAAUCUGCUCACAGCCAAGCAGUAUGAGAUACUCUCCAGAAGCCUCCGCAAGAACAGAGAAUUGUUUGUCCACGGCUUACCUGGCUCAGGGAAGACCAUCAUCGCCAUAAAUAUCAUGGAGAAGAUCAGGAAUGUGUUUCACUGUGAGGAAAAGAGAAUUCUUUACGUUUGUGAAAACCAGCCUCUGAGGAACUUUAUCAGUCAUAAAAAUAUCUGCCAAGCAGAGACUCGGAAAACUUUCCUAAGAGAAAACUUUGAACACAUUCAACACAUCGUCAUUGACGAAGCUCAGAAUUUCCGUACUGAAGAUGGGGACUGGUAUGGGAAGGCAAAAACCAUCACUCGGAGAGCAAAGGAUGGCCCAGGAAUUCUCUGGAUCUUUCUGGACUACUUUCAGACCAGCCACUUGGAUUGCAGUGGCCUCCCCCCUCUCUCAGACCAGUAUUCAAUAGAAGAGCUCACCAGAAUAGUUCGCAAUGCAGAUCCAAUAGCCAAGUACUUACAAAAAGAAAUGCAAGUAGUUAGAAAUAAUCCUUCAUUUAACAUCCCCACUGGGUGCCUCGAGGUACUUCUUGAAGCCGAAUGGUCCCAGGGUGUUCAGGGAACCUUACAAAUUAAGAAACACUUGACUGUGGAGCAAAUAAUGACCUAUGUGGCAGACACCUGCAGGCGCUUCUUUGAAAGGGGCUAUUCUCCAAAGGAUGUUGCUGUGCUUGUCAGCACUGCAAAAGAAGUGGAGCACUAUAAGUAUGAGCUCUUGAAAGCAAUGAGGAAGAAAAGGGUUGUGCAGCUCAGUGAUGCAUGUGAUAUGUUGGGUGAUCACAUUGUGUUGGACAGUGUCCGGCGAUUCUCAGGCCUGGAAAGGAACAUAGUGUUUGGGAUCCAUCCAAGGACAGCUGACCCAGCUAUCUUACCCAAUAUUCUGAUCUGUCUGGCUUCCAGGGCAAAACAACACCUGUAUAUUUUUCCGUGGGGUGGCCAUUAGGAAGAACUCCAAAUCAAAAUGCUAUGUAAAUGUCUAUGGGUGACAGUCUGCUGAUGGUAGAAACCUUUCUUUUUAGUUCACAAGUCAGUUAGAGAUUUGGACGGAGCUGACACAAAGAGUUUGGAGCUCCCGCAUUUCUGGCUCUCCUUUCAGGGGUUCCUCCCCCAACUCUUUUCAGCAGCGGUUGUUGCCCGCCAUUCUGACUCCUGACUCUUCCAACCGGAAAGAUGGUGGUUUUCUAAAGGAACUUUAGCUGUCCUGCACAAUGCACAUCUGUGUCUUGCAUUUUGGGUAAAAGCCAUAAAAAUAAGAAACUCAGCCUGUGGCCUUUCUUUCUUCCAAGGCUGGGCUUAUUUUUUUAAGUGACUUCAUGUAGUUUGUUGCUUUUAAAAAUUUGUCCAGAAUCGUUUCUGCAGAAGCAUGGUCUGUUAGGAGCUUACUGGCCAUAGCAGAAGCAAUUGUUCCCUGAAUUCUUGACAUUUAUCUUUGCUGUAUCCAUUUAGGGCUUGGGAGAGUCCCAAGAUAAUUCAGUCACUGUCAGAUUAAUAAUUUUGUCAGAACAAAGAAUACCGUUAUGAUUAUUUAAUCCUUUAAAAUUGUGAUCUCCAGAGCUUGUUCUCAGAAUGGCCCAGAUCAAGCCUUAAUUGUGAUAGUGAAUAUUAAUGGUCACUUUAAGGAGAAAUUAUAGGCCAAGAUGAAAUGAACAUAAACCUGUUUGCCCUGGCUUUCAGUGGAAGAUGACAUUAGAGACCAAAAUCUGGUUGUGAAGGUGUGUAUCAGCCCUAAGGUGAACCAAACUUGGGAAAGAUUGUCUUUAAAAAUCAAUGAGUUUAUGUUUUAACUUCUCAGCUUAGUGCUAUGCAUUGCUCUAUAACACACCUAGUUAAGUUUUAUGUUAUUCUUGAACUGUGAUUUUUUUUCUAUUUACUUUCAUGGUUUGAUGGGCCAUUGUUAUGGACUGAAUGUUUGUGUCCCACCCUUCACCCCCAAAUUCCCGGGUUGAAGCCCCAACCUGCAGUGUGGAGCUGGGGCUGCUAAGGAAGUAAUUAAGGUUACAUGAAGUCAUGGUGGGGCUCUGGUCUGCUAAGGUUGGUGUUCUUAUAGGGAGAGACCCCAGAGAGCUUGUUCCCUCCCUUUCUGUGCAUGCAAACAAGAGGGCAUGGGAGCACGCAGAGAGAUGGCAGCCACCUACAAGCCAAGAGGAGAAGCCUCACAAUGAAACUCUCGCUGCUGGCGAGAGUCUUGGACUCUGUCUUGGACUUCCAGCCUCCAGACUGUGAGAAACAAAUUUCUGUUGUUUCAGCUGCUCAGUCUCUGGUGUUUUGUUAUUGCAGCCUGAGAACACAGCUGUAUGAUUAUUUGUCAAACAGAAAACACUGAUACUUAACAAUGCUAAUGCAAUUAUUUAUUUGCUUUUCAGUCUCUACAAAACAUUCUAAAACACUAAUCUAAAUACUAACAAUAAAAUAUUUGCAUAACUAAUGGAAACUAAGAAAUCAUAUGCCCAAUAUUUCACUUAUUAGUAAUCUUACUCUGCUGAUUUCCCCCGAGACUGUGAUUUUUGAACUUCCCUGCCUUUCUCUUGUCUUUCUGUGUUUAUUCAUGGAAUUCCAGUUAUCUAGGCUUGAAAUUGCAGGCUGUCCUAACUUAAGCAAAAUCUGAUAGAUCAGCAAAAUGAGAUAAAUGUUUCUUUUUUCUUUCUGACUGCAUUAAAUCAGAUACAACUCAGCAUUAAAAAGCUAUCUUUGUAAAUGUUGUUACUAAUAAAUUAGUCUUAUAAGAUCCCUGGA